AUGGAAAACCUUGAUCAGAGUAACAAUAAAAACGUGUCGCUCAGUUUAAUAGCUGAAUAUGGCUCGGAAUCGGAUUCGGAGGAUACUAGAUCGAACGAGCACACUGCACACGAUGAUUCUGAUGCUGUCGAGUUAAGUGAAAUGGUUUUGAAGAAUAACAUUAUCAAUGCCUGUGCCCACGGACCGCUGGCUGAAGGUAGUAGUGAGAAUGUGGUGACCAUGAGACACAUGAUCAUCGAUAGUUCAGAGAGCGGUGUUAUGGAGUACGAUGUGACCGAGUACCGCGAACUGGACAGCGACUCCGACUCGAGCUCAGAUGAUUCCAGCGAUAUAGAUUCCGUGAAGGAUAUUGAGGAACUUUCUAGCGGCGAUGAACAGGAAGGUAGUAAUCGUCCCGGUAAGUUAGAAACUCCCAAAGUUCAUGGUGAACUAGGUUUAGAUGACCUGCCACCAAUAGAGGAUCUUGCCAUUAGUCUGCCGGCCCAGGAAACUAUAAAAAUUGGAAAAAUUGCUAGCAUAGUUGAUAGAUUAGUUAUAGUUCGUGCUUUCGAAGCGACCCCAGCUGUGGAUCUUGAUAGUGUACUCUUUUUGGAUAACGGUGCCAAAGCAUUGGGCAAAGUAUUUGAUGUUUUUGGACCGGUAACAGAACCUCAUUACUGUGUUCGUUUUAAUUCGUUGGAGCACGUCCGCGAGCGAGGCGUUGUAACAGGCGCGGAUGUGUACAUAGCGCCGCGCAGCUCGCACACCAGCUACGUGUUCCUGGCUGAACUCAUGAAAGUCAAAGGCUCAGAUGCAUCGUGGCUGAACGAUAUCGAGCCUCCUCCGAGCCACGUGGAUUACUCUGACGACGAGGAGGAGAGGCGGGCGAAUAGAGCCAGGAAGGAACAGAGACAACACAAACAAGAGGAGGCCGGGGACGGAGGGAGCUCGGACAACCAGCAGAGGAGGCUACUCGAAGCCAAGAGACACCAGCGACCGACAGAAUCGAGCAGCCGCUUCGGAGGAAACUAUAGAGGAACCGGCUUCAGAAGAAAUCCUUGCACCUUCAUCAGAAAUACUAGACCUUAUGACGACCAUACGAGGACGCCGCAACACCCAGUCGAUCCCAACUCACCAUUCUUCCCCACAUUCAAUCCGUUCAUUCCGUUCAUGAACGGCAAUCCGUUCGGCAGAUCCCGAAUGCCAGCUAUACCGCCGUACCGCCAACACGUGCCGAUGUUCGGUUCCAAUUACAACAUGUCCGGACCGAAGCCCCAGUGGAGUGGCCCUCCGCCCCCGCCCGGGACCUAA